AUGCAGCUGGUAGCCUGCUUAGCGGUGCUGGUGCUCUGUGUGGCAGAGGCUGUAGAGAAUUGUCCCAAUGUAUGUAAAUGCACCAAGCAAACCAGCCCUGAAAGGUCAGAGGUCAACUGCCACAAGAAGGGGAUGAGGAAGUUCCCCUCCAAACUGCCCCCGGAUUCCUGGAUUCUUAAAAUGGGCGAGAACAGAAUAGUAGACCUCCCGCCAAACGUUCUGAAACCCAUCCCCAAGAUCGAAAGCAUCAACUUGGAACGCAACGUCAUCAAAUCAAUACACCCCCAGGCCUUCUCUGGAGCCCGGAGGCUGAUGCUGCUCAACCUGUAUGGGAAUCAGAUCAACAAACUCCCCCUGAAGGGCUUCCAGGACCUACUCAACCUCCGCUUCCUCAUGCUGGGCCAGAAUCAGAUUUCCAGUGUCAAACCAGACAUGUUCACUGGCAUGAGGAACCUCUCAGAUCUGGACCUGCCUCUCAACUCUCUGACUGCCCUCCCUUCCAAUGCCUUCAAGCCUCUGAUCGCCCUCAAGGUCCUGGACCUGGCCCUCAACCGCAUCCAGAGAAUCUCCACAAAGGGCUUUGUGGGCUUGACGGAGUUGCUGUUCCUCAACCUGGACAACAACAGCCUAAAGAGUAUCCCGGCUGGGGCCUUCAAGCCUCUGGCCUCCCUGGAGAUGCUGGUGCUGGAUAACAACCUGCUGUCCACGCUGACCUCAGCCACUCUGGAGGGCUUGUCCAAUCUGCAGGAGCUCUACCUCAGGAACAAUGAGCUGGAGAGGCUGCCCCAGGACCUGUUCAGACACACACCCAAGCUUUCCCAGCUGGCCCUCAGUGGGAACAGGCUGAAGACUGUGGAUGGAAGCAUGUUCACCCAGCUGUCUGGCCUGAAGGAGGUGUAUCUCCAUGACAACCCCUGGACGUGUGACUGCAACAUCAACAACCUGGUGCGCUGGAUGUCCCAGACCAAGGCCAACCUCUCCCCUUUGGAGUCCCUGAGGUGUGUUGCCCCAGCAGGUUACCGUGACAAAGCCCUCAAUAGCCUCAAAGACCAGAAUCUGCGCUGCCGGGCCUAGACUGAAGACACGCCAACCCUUACAACGUGCUGCCAAGACUGAAGCCAAACCAACCUUUACUCUACUCCAGCAUCCCGCAUUAGCCACGGUCCUGCUACAGAGUUACCUGUUAUACAACACCUACUACUCAGUUAUGGUCGAACGACAGCACAGUUACCCAUUUCUGUAUAACACCUAAACUCUUAGAAGAAAGGGUUCCAAAAGGGUUCUUUGUGAAGACAAUUGUUCUUUGUGAGGCAAAGGGUUCUACCUAGAACCUUUAAAAGCAUAAGAACUGUUUUUGGAAGAAAGGGUUCUUUGAUGAUUCUUUGGAAGGCAAGAAGAGUUAUACAUAGAAUCAUAUACUGUAUCAUAUAUCCCACCAUUCUCUAUUGCAGGGGGAUUUUCAGUAUUGUUUGUUUUAAUAUCUGUGUUUUUGCAUGUGCAUUGAUUGAUUGAUAUAUUUGAUGCUACACAUUUUUCGAAUCAAAUCCAAUCUGUCCGUAGUUAUUUAUUUCACCUGUUACUUAGAUGGUUGUUCCAGUUUAGAUGAUUGAGGUGGUCUCAGUAUUCUAUCUUCCCUACCCUGGCAGUCAGUCAUUUUAAAUGCUGGUUGAGGGUGAUAAAGAAUUCCACUUGUUGUUUAUCCUAACUCUGGCUGGAUUCCAAUAGGAAUUAAACAUCACUUUGCAAGCCAGCAUAAUGUGACUUGCAGGCCUGGUGUUGCCUGUAAACUAGGAGUUUCCAAACACAAUUGUGUUAGGGUAUAACUCUGAAAGAAAGGCUAUAUGAUAUUUGUAAUGUAUUGUCAUAAAUAAUACAAUUUUGAAGGCUAAUAAGGCUGGUGGGACCAUUUGUAGAGGGUUCUAGGAAGAACCCUCCAAAGUUAAAGGAUUCUCUGUAGAACUCUUCAAAAAAGGUUCUAGGAAGAACCUUUAGAUGAUAAAGUGGUUAUUGGUAGAACCCUUCAUAGAGGGUUGUAGACAGAACCUUUCAUAUAGGGUUCAAGGUAAAACCAAACAGGGGGUUCUAUGAAGAACCCUACAUAAAGGCCUAUACAGGGAGAACCCUCUGCAAAAAUAGUUCCCUUAUGGGGACAAACUGAAGAACCCUACAUGGUUCUACUUAGCACCAUUUUUUCGAAGAGUGUACUGCAACCAUCGUCCAACAACACUGUUACCUAUUACUGUGUAACACCCACACUAGCCAUGGCCCAGCCACAGAAUGACCUGUCAUUGUGCAACACCCACACUAGCCAUGGCCCAGCCACAGAAUGACCUGUCAUUGUGCAACACCCACACUAGCCAUGACAACUGACAACUGUACAGUUAGCUAUUACAUUCCAACCAUAAGCCAGAGAUAUUAUAACAGUAUCACAGAAAGAGAAAGAAGAGCAAAAAGGGAUAUUUAAUAGCUUGCCUCUGAGCUUUCUGUAAUUGUGGUGUUCUACUUUCCAUCAACCCCAAACAUACAAUUGACAUCUUCGUUAAACAUGCUAUUAUUAAGGCGGGCUGAGAAACAUGCUUCUGUAAUAUCCUCUGUAAUAUCCUCUGUAAUAUCCUCUGUAAUAGCUCAUUCAUCUGUGCUCCUGUUUUAGUUUCUUAAUUGUGCGUAUUUUAUAUUAUCUGAAGUAAAUGUAUUUCUAGCUUUUCUUUACAGUAAUAUCCUAUGCUGAUAAACCUAUAACAUAAGCUUAUUUUCAUGACACAAUAUGUAUAUAAGGUAAUUAUAUUAUUCAACAUAUAUGCAAUCAUUGUAUGCUUAUUAGUGUGAUAUCUUUGACGAUUUGCCUAUGUUUCUGAGCUUGUCACUGUAGAUUGUAGUCAGUUGAUCUCCUAAUCUAAAUAUACAAUAUCUCAAAGUUUUCCAUUGAGUGAAACAUAUGCUAUUGCACUAGUACAAUCCUAAAACAGCAUUAACUCAGUCUGUAGUCUAAUUGAUUUCAGACUGUACAUUCAUUUUGAA